AUGCGGCCCCCUCCGCCUCCGCCCCCCCCGAUUCCUCGUCACUCGACCUACCUAGCAGGUCAGGCCCCGCCUCAGCCUUCUCAAACGGCUCUGCACAACCAGGGCGACUUGGUAGCUGCCCUGCAGGCCCGCGUCAAUGCCCUCGAGGCCGAGCUUACCUCCUCAAAGGGAGAGGUGGCCAUCGUUCGCUCCAAAUAUGACAAGUCUGUUACCACCCACGCAGCCGAGGUCGCCCGGCUGAAAAAGCAAAAUGCCGAGGCCUUGUCCAAGCAAGAGCGUAUGGUCGAGGCAGCCUUGGCCGCCGAGAAGAAUGCUGCUACCGAGCUGCAUUUUACCAAACAGGAUCUGAAGGAGGAGCUUCAGAAGGCCAAGCGCGGCCGCAACCAGGGCGACGGCAUGACCACACCAAAGAAGGCCAAGAGCGCCGGUUGGGGGAAUGUGGCAGACGGCUUCGACGAUAUUGAGAUCCUGCCUAGUCCUAGCAGAGCCCAAGGCGGCCCAAGAAGCAGAGGCAAGGGCACCAUGAGCGGAGCUGUCGCACCCCCCAUAGCGGAGCGCACGCCAACAAAGGGAAAAAGAAAACGCCCGAUGGUGGACAGUCCAGUCAUGGCUCUAGAAACUGAGGAUGAUGUGGUGAUGGCUGACCAGUCAUCGACGGCGCAGCUGGACCAGGUUGGUGCUCACCAGUCGUCCAGCGGACUACCCUACGAUGUGAGCAACAAGCGCCCCCUCCCCCCUAAUCCCAAUAUCAUAGGCUAA